AUGUGUGCAUAUACUUAUGGUAUUUUAAUUGUUCAUUUCAUCUAUCGAUAUUUCGCCAUUUGCAAGUAAGGUUUCAGCUAAGUUACGGCUCUUUUGAAAAUCAUUUCAGACCAUAUUUCAUAACCAAAUUUUUUAAACCUCGAGUUCUGACAAUAAUUGUUAUUUUCACAUUCUCAUAUGGAACUAUGUGGAUGGCGAUAAUUUAUCAAUGGCUUUGGCCAAAUGAUUCUUCUAGAUAUUUAGUAGAUCAAGGAUUCAGAGAAACUUAUGGUGAAUCAAGUUAUAAUAUUCCAAUGAUUCUAGCGAAUUAUGAAUGGCCAAUCGAAAAUUGGAAAACAAAUGGACUUGUUGGAAUGGGUUUGAUUACAAUCAAUUCAGUCGUUGCUCUUGUUAUUGAUUCUGUUUUGGCUUGGAAAAUACACAGUGCGUUGAGAAGUUACAACUUGAGUUCAAUGAUUCGAAAAUUUCAUCACAAUCUAUUGAUCACUUUGAUAGCUCAGACAGUUGUCCCAAUAGCCGCAACUUUUAUUCCAAGUUUGAUAGCUUGGUAUUAUCCAUUUUUCGGCUUAAAAUGGGGAUAUUUCAAUAAUUCGUUUUUGAUUCCAUUUAUUAGUUUCUAUCCAGCAAUUGAUCCAAUUGUUAUUACUUUUGCAUUAACAGAUUAUCGCACUGUCAUAAUUUCGUAUUUUAUAGAUAGAUGCGAAACAGAGGAAAUGAAGACAAUAUUGAGAAGUACAUUUCAUAUCGAUGCGUAA